AUGGAUCGUGUCGAUUCCGGAGGGGAGAAUGUUCUCGGAACACAGGUACCAGGUGGAAGACCAGCACUGACAGAGGUAGUUGGAGCUGAAGGAGAUGUGAGUGGAGACGCUUCGACAGGCACCCAUUCUGUCAGUCACAUGGAUCGUGUCGAUUCCGGAGGGGAGAAUGUUCUCGGAACACAGGUACCAGGUGGAAGACCAGCACUGACAGAGGUAGUUGGAGCUGAAGGAGAUGUGAGUGGAGACGCUUCGACAGGCACCCAUUCUGUCAGUCACAUGGAUCGUGUCGAUUCCGGAGGGGAGAAUGUUCUCGGAACACAGGUACCAGGUGGAAGACCAGCACUGACAGAGGUAGUUGGAGCUGAAGGAGAUGUGAGUGGAGACGCUUCGACAGGCACCCAUUCUGUCAGUCACAUGGAUCGUGUCGAUUCCGGAGGGGAGAAUGUUCUCGGAACACAGGUACCAGGUGGAAGACCAGCACUGACAGAGGUAGUUGGAGCUGAAGGAGAUGUGAGUGGAGACGCUUCGACAGGCACCCAUUCUGUCAGUCACAUGGAUCGUGUCGAUUCCGGAGGGGAGAAUGUUCUCGGAACACAGGUGUCAAGUGAACAACCAGCAUCGACGAGUGAACGUCAGACCGGAGACAAUGAGACCAGAGACACUUCAGGAGACUCUGACUCCAUCAGUCACAUGGGUGUUGGUGUUGGUGUCGGUGCCAGUGAGGAGAAUCUUCUCGACACACAGGUGUCAAGUGAACAACCAGCAUCGACGAGUGAACGUCAGACCGGAGACAAUGAGACCAGAGACACUUCAGGAGACUCUGACUCCAUCAGUCACAUGGGUGUUGGUGUUGGUGUCGGUGCCAGUGAGGAGAAUCUUCUCGACACACAGGUGUCAAGUGAACAACCAGCAUCGACGAGUGAACGUCAGACCGGAGACAAUGAGACCAGAGACACUUCAGGAGACUCUGACUCCAUCAGUCACAUGGGUGUUGGUGUUGGUGUCGGUGCCAGUGAGGAGAAUCUUCUCGACACACAGGUGUCAAGUGAACAACCAGCAUCGACGAGUGAACGUCAGACCGGAGACAAUGAGACCAGAGACACUUCAGGAGACUCUGACUCCAUCAGUCACAUGGGUGUUGGUGUUGGUGUCGGUGCCAGUGAGGAGAAUCUUCUCGACACACAGGUGUCAAGUGAACAACCAGCAUCGACGAGUGAACGUCAGACCGGAGACAAUGAGACCAGAGACACUUCAGGAGACUCUGACUCCAUCAGUCACAUGGGUGUUGGUGUUGGUGUCGGUGCCAGUGAGGAGAAUCUUCUCGACACACAGGUGUCAAGUGAACAACCAGCAUCGACGAGUGAACGUCAGACCGGAGACAAUGAGACCAGAGACACUUCAGGAGACUCUGACUCCAUCAGUCACAUGGGUGUUGGUGUUGGUGUCGGUGCCAGUGAGGAGAAUCUUCUCGACACACAGGUGUCAAGUGAACAACCAGCAUCGACGAGUGAACGUCAGACCGGAGACAAUGAGACCAGAGACACUUCAGGAGACUCUGACUCCAUCAGUCACAUGGGUGUUGGUGUUGGUGUCGGUGCCAGUGAGGAGAAUCUUCUCGACACACAGGUGUCAAGUGAACAACCAGCAUCGACGAGUGAACGUCAGACCGGAGACAAUGAGACCAGAGACACUUCAGGAGACUCUGACUCCAUCAGUCACAUGGGUGUUGGUGUUGGUGUCGGUGCCAGUGAGGAGAAUCUUCUCGACACACAGGUGUCAAGUGAACAACCAGCAUCGACGAGUGAACGUCAGACCGGAGACAAUGAGACCAGAGACACUUCAGGAGACUCUGACUCCAUCAGUCACAUGGGUGUUGGUGUUGGUGUCGGUGCCAGUGAGGAGAAUCUUCUCGACACACAGGUGUCAAGUGAACAACCAGCAUCGACGAGUGAACGUCAGACCGGAGACAAUGAGACCAGAGACACUUCAGGAGACUCUGACUCCAUCAGUCACAUGGGUGUUGGUGUUGGUGUCGGUGCCAGUGAGGAGAAUCUUCUCGACACACAGGUGUCAAGUGAACAACCAGCAUCGACGAGUGAACGUCAGACCGGAGACAAUGAGACCAGAGACACUUCAGGAGACUCUGACUCCAUCAGUCACAUGGGUGUUGGUGUUGGUGUCGGUGCCAGUGAGGAGAAUCUUCUCGACACACAGGUGUCAAGUGAACAACCAGCAUCGACGAGUGAACGUCAGACCGGAGACAAUGAGACCAGAGACACUUCAGGAGACUCUGACUCCAUCAGUCACAUGGGUGUUGGUGUUGGUGUCGGUGCCAGUGAGGAGAAUCUUCUCGACACACAGGUGUCAAGUGAACAACCAGCAUCGACGAGUGAACGUCAGACCGGAGACAAUGAGACCAGAGACACUUCAGGAGACUCUGACUCCAUCAGUCACAUGGGUGUUGGUGUUGGUGUCGGUGCCAGUGAGGAGAAUCUUCUCGACACACAGGUGUCAAGUGAACAACCAGCAUCGACGAGUGAACGUCAGACCGGAGACAAUGAGACCAGAGACACUUCAGGAGACUCUGACUCCAUCAGUCACAUGGGUGUUGGUGUUGGUGUCGGUGCCAGUGAGGAGAAUCUUCUCGACACACAGGUGUCAAGUGAACAACCAGCAUCGACGAGUGAACGUCAGACCGGAGACAAUGAGACCAGAGACACUUCAGGAGACUCUGACUCCAUCAGUCACAUGGGUGUUGGUGUUGGUGUCGGUGCCAGUGAGGAGAAUCUUCUCGACACACAGGUGUCAAGUGAACAACCAGCAUCGACGAGUGAACGUCAGACCGGAGACAAUGAGACCAGAGACACUUCAGGAGACUCUGACUCCAUCAGUCACAUGGGUGUUGGUGUUGGUGUCGGUGCCAGUGAGGAGAAUCUUCUCGACACACAGGUGUCAAGUGAACAACCAGCAUCGACGAGUGAAUGUCAGACCGGAGACAAUGAGACCAGAGACACUUCAGGAGACUCUGACUCCAUCAGUCACAUGGGUGUUGGUGUUGGUGUCGGUGCCAGUGAGGAGAAUCUUCUCGACACACAGGUGUCAAGUGAACAACCAGCAUCGACGAGUGAACGUCAGACCGGAGACAAUGAGACCAGAGACACUUCAGGAGACUCUGACUCCAUCAGUCACAUGGGUGUUGGUGUUGGUGUCGGUGCCAGUGAGGAGAAUCUUCUCGACACACAGGUGUCAAGUGAACAACCAGCAUCGACGAGUGAACGUCAGACCGGAGACAAUGAGACCAGAGACACUUCAGGAGACUCUGACUCCAUCAGUCACAUGGGUGUUGGUGUUGGUGUCGGUGCCAGUGAGGAGAAUCUUCUCGACACACAGGUGUCAAGUGAACAACCAGCAUCGACGAGUGAACGUCAGACCGGAGACAAUGAGACCAGAGACACUUCAGGAGACUCUGACUCCAUCAGUCACAUGGGUGUUGGUGUUGGUGUCGGUGCCAGUGAGGAGAAUCUUCUCGACACACAGGUGUCAAGUGAACAACCAGCAUCGACGAGUGAACGUCAGACCGGAGACAAUGAGACCAGAGACACUUCAGGAGACUCUGACUCCAUCAGUCACAUGGGUGUUGGUGUUGGUGUCGGUGCCAGUGAGGAGAAUCUUCUCGACACACAGGUGUCAAGUGAACAACCAGCAUCGACGAGUGAACGUCAGACCGGAGACAAUGAGACCAGAGACACUUCAGGAGACUCUGACUCCAUCAGUCACAUGGGUGUUGGUGUUGGUGUCGGUGCCAGUGAGGAGAAUCUUCUCGACACACAGGUGUCAAGUGAACAACCAGCAUCGACGAGUGAACGUCAGACCGGAGACAAUGAGACCAGAGACACUUCAGGAGACUCUGACUCCAUCAGUCACAUGGGUGUUGGUGUUGGUGUCGGUGCCAGUGAGGAGAAUCUUCUCGACACACAGGUGUCAAGUGAACAACCAGCAUCGACGAGUGAACGUCAGACCGGAGACAAUGAGACCAGAGACACUUCAGGAGACUCUGACUCCAUCAGUCACAUGGGUGUUGGUGUUGGUGUCGGUGCCAGUGAGGAGAAUCUUCUCGACACACAGGUGUCAAGUGAACAACCAGCAUCGACGAGUGAACGUCAGACCGGAGACAAUGAGACCAGAGACACUUCAGGAGACUCUGACUCCAUCAGUCACAUGGGUGUUGGUGUUGGUGUCGGUGCCAGUGAGGAGAAUCUUCUCGACACACAGGUGUCAAGUGAACAACCAGCAUCGACGAGUGAACGUCAGACCGGAGACAAUGAGACCAGAGACACUUCAGGAGACUCUGACUCCAUCAGUCACAUGGGUGUUGGUGUUGGUGUCGGUGCCAGUGAGGAGAAUCUUCUCGACACACAGGUGUCAAGUGAGCAAUCAGCAUCGACGAGUGAACGUCAGACCGGAGACAAUGAGACCAGAGACACUUCAGGAGACUCUGACUCCAUCAGUCACAUGGGUGUUGGUGUUGGUGUCGGUGCCAGUGAGGAGAAUCUUCUCGACACACAGGUGUCAAGUGAACAACCAGCAUCGACGAGUGAACGUCAGACCGGAGACAAUGAGACCAGAGACACUUCAGGAGACUCUGACUCCAUCAGUCACAUGGGUGUUGGUGUUGGUGUCGGUGCCAGUGAGGAGAAUCUUCUCGACACACAGGUGUCAAGUGAACAACCAGCAUCGACGAGUGAACGUCAGACCGGAGACAAUGAGACCAGAGACACUUCAGGAGACUCUGACUCCAUCAGUCACAUGGGUGUUGGUGUUGGUGUCGGUGCCAGUGAGGAGAAUCUUCUCGACACACAGGUGUCAAGUGAGCAAUCAGCAUCGACGAGUGAACGUCAGACCGGAGACAAUGAGACCAGAGACACUUCAGGAGACUCUGACUCCAUCAGUCACAUGGGUGUUGGUGUUGGUGUCGGUGCCAGUGAGGAGAAUCUUCUCGACACACAGGUGUCAAGUGAGCAAUCAGCAUCGACGAGUGAACGUCAGACCGGAGACAAUGAGACCAGAGACACUUCAGGAGACUCUGACUCCAUCAGUCACAUGGGUGUUGGUGUUGGUGUCGGUGCCAGUGAGGAGAAUCUUCUCGACACACAGGUGUCAAGUGAACAACCAGCAUCGACGAGUGAACGUCAGACCGGAGACAAUGAGACCAGAGACACUUCAGGAGACUCUGACUCCAUCAGUCACAUGGGUGUUGGUGUUGGUGUCGGUGCCAGUGAGGAGAAUCUUCUCGACACACAGGUGUCAAGUGAGCAAUCAGCAUCGACGAGUGAACGUCAGACCGGAGACAAUGAGACCAGAGACACUUCAGGAGACUCUGACUCCAUCAGUCACAUGGGUGUUGGUGUUGGUGUCGGUGCCAGUGAGGAGAAUCUUCUCGACACACAGGUGUCAAGUGAACAACCAGCAUCGACGAGUGAACGUCAGACCGGAGACAAUGAGACCAGAGACACUUCAGGAGACUCUGACUCCAUCAGUCACAUGGGUGUUGGUGUUGGUGUCGGUGCCAGUGAGGAGAAUCUUCUCGACACACAGAUGUAUAAACCAACGGAUGAAAUGGAUCAGACAUCUGAUGACUUGUACGUGGGACUGGUUAAACAUAAAGUAGAAAAACAGUCUCAUGAUAGAAAUGCAACGUAUAUAACAUUUGAAGAAGUCUCAGGAACCUAUCGAAUGAAUAGAAGAGCUGAUUAUAAUUAUACCAUAAAUUCUCCAUUCGACGAAGUCAUAGUCCAUAUUGGACAGAAAGGAGACAUUGGACCACAGGGUCCAGCUGGUCCAGUGGGCUCUACGGGUUAUUGUCCAGAAACAAUAUGUCCAUCAAUUGAUAUGAGUUCAUUGAAAGGUGUUCAAGGUGAGACUGGAUCAAGUGAAUGGUGUAAUAGUUCAUGUAAAACUAUUGAUGGAAUUAUUGGAUUAAAAGGAAUAAAGGGUCUGAAAGGUGAUAUGGGAGAUACUCUAAUAUUAUCAUUUUCAAAAGCCUUACAACUAAUUAAAUACACUAUAAACAUUACAUCAUCAAAUUAUUUUCCCAAAGGUCAAAAAGGAGAUAAAGGUGAAGUGAUUCAGAGAAAAUUCAUUCAGAGAAGAAUAUCUUCACAGAAUAAUAGAAAUUUUCAUCGACGCAAACGGGGACAACAACAAGAUUAUGACCAUUUAACUUCUCGAAUUCAUCCUUUACAAGAAAAUAAAAAACAUGUAAAGCAUCCUUUGAAUCAAUCAACACAUGAUUCAAGUAUCUUAUUCACUGGAUCAAAUUUCGCAAAUUUAGAAAAACAAAAAAUUUUAGGUGUUAAAAUACUUCAUAAUCCUAAUGAAUUCAAAACUAUUGGUUCACUUCUACCAGUUGGUGCAUUAGUUGUUACUGAAUUCUUCAAUUAUGAAGUAUUAUCAUUUGCAAAUGAUAAUCAAUCAUCUAAAUGGGAUUUAAAUAGAAAUUUUCAAUUGGAUCAACUUAGUUCAUUGGGUUUAUUUAUGAAAAUUGAAAAUAUUCAUAAUACAUGGAAAAGAAUACAUGUUAAAUUCGGACAAGAAGUAACAUUUGGUCAACAUGAUCCUAAUUUACAAAUCUACAACAGUUCAUCUCCCAAAGAACCUUCAUCUAAAACUUAUACCCCCAGAUAUAGAGAAAAAAUAGUAUUUGCAUUUCAUCCUGUUCCUUUGACUGGAGGAUCAUUUUCAGGAUGGCAUGGAGCCAAUACGAAAUGUCGUGAAACUGCUCUUCAUCAUCUUGGAAUACCUGGUUUUAAAGUACUUCUUGUAGACAGAAAUUUUCCAAUAGAACGUCUUAUCAAAUGGCAAUAUCAACAUGUACCUAUUAUAAAUCUAGGUAGUCAAACUGUAUUUUCGAAAUGGAGAGAUUUCCUAUAUGGUAUUCGUUCGAAUACAAACGUACCACUGUACGAUUUAUAUGGUAUGCCUGAUUUACAACUUCAUUCUAAAAAAUUCUGGCUUGGAGGUGGUAUUACUUUUGGAUGUGAUGGAUGGACAACAAAUUCAUCAACAAAAUUUGGUCUUACAUGGUCAUUUGAUCAUAGAAUAGGUCAAGUGAAAAUCAACUAUGCAAAAUAUGGAAUGUUACUUCUUAUAUACGAACAAAAAAUAAAUAAAUGAUAACUGCUAGGAAUGUUAUAUAUACUGAACGGGCUGGAUUAGGAGAGAAACUACUAUACGUAGGACCGAUAAGGACUCAGAGUUGACUCAAGGCUGAUCGUGCUGGUUGACGCACCAUUGGUUUAGCAAGGUAACAG